UCUUCUGCAGCCCAGAUAAAUCCUUUUGAAAUGGGCUCUUUCGCUCCCAAGGCGACCGUUACCUUGGAAAAUCCUGCCUGCAACUCUGCCUUUGCUCAUGCCUGCAUACGAUCCAUUUUUUCUUCCGCUGUUUCUAUGGGUUGUGCGACUGUGUCUGGGGUGGACGCGAGUGUUGCUGGCGUUGGUGGGUCCUUCCCGACUGGCGUGACCUCUUUUGCUGAUUUCCCCCUACUUCCUCCUCGCGUCGGUGGUGUUACUGGUGUUGGUGCAGACUCUUCUGCACCCACACCCCCCGGUUUCGUUUCUUGCGUUGAUGGAUGCACCGUUGUGGGUGUCAUUGGCAUUGUGGGUGCUGGGGUUUCAACUCCGCAUGGGGAUGUGCUUCUUGGGGCUUCUGCCAGGCCCUCUGUUUCGUCUGCUGGAGGUUUGGAUGCUGGAUCAAUUUCUUUGAAUGUUGGUGCUGUCACUUUUGUUGCUAUGAACGUUGGUAAGGGUGUGGUUUCCAAACCUCCUCCCCCUGUUGUUGGGCGAAGCUUUGCUCGCAUGGCUAGAUCUACUGCUACUUCUCACAAAGGAGAUGUGGUUCUUAUGGUUGGUGAUCGGCCUUGGACACAACUUUUAGAUUUUGAGGGUCUUCCCUUCCGCUGUAAAAAAUGUUUCUCUAUGAGCCAUCUUGCUUUGGACUGCUCUAUCUCACGCCACUAAGGUGCUGCUACUUGGUGGAAGGAUGGUACUGUUGAUCACUUGACCAUCUAUGCUGCUGAAUCUGAUUUGGAUGGUUCCUCUCAGGAGGAUGAGGUGCCUUCUACUACUGUUGAUGCUGCUGUCAAUUCCACCGUUUUGGCUCCUCCUACCUUGACAGACCCUGUUGACUCUGAUUUGCAGCUUCGCUCUACACCUACUGGUCCUGCUCCUGAUGCUCUACAACAACCUUCUAUUCUGCAACUAACUCCUGUUCUGCAGUAGUCGGUUGUUGUCUUGCAACAACCUGCUGUUGGCUUUAGUGAUGGUUUACAAGCGAGUUCCUUACCGCUUGGUCAUUACCUUGAUGGCCCCGAUAACAGUAUCGCUUGGACUGUUGUUUGUCGCAGGUGGAAGGGGAAGUCCUCCCCGCCCCCCCAAGGAUCGGGUGUCCACACCCCUUCUUGAGUUGGGUUUAUGUUGUUGAAGGUUGGACAAGUUUCCUUUGUUCAACCUUGUUAAUCCCGGACUUGCUCCGAUGUGCUGUCUUUUUUGCCUGCGGACUUUUCUUUUUUGAUAGUCUAUGACUAUGUUAAGGGUCAGCACCCUAGUUAACGCUGCUUUUUUAAUAAAAAACAAAAUAUUUUGCAAGCCA